CAAAGGUGCCAAACAAGGUCUCAGUGGUGCGAUUUCUCCCCCAAAUCUCUGCCCGGGAUCAGAUGAUUUGAAACAUAUGGAUGCCAACAAUGAAGUAGAGACACAUCAUUCUCAUCCUAUGAAUGCACAAGAACCAUCAUUUCUGAUACCGAAAUGUCCUGAUAGAAUCCGAAGAGAUGAGUGGAGUGAGGAUGGUGUCUUAAGCCUUCUAGAGGUUUAUGAAUCCAAGUGGGCAUCCCGAAACCGUGCCAAGCUGAAGGGAAGUGAUUGGGAGGACAUUGCUAGUCAGGUAUCAGUCAUGUGUUCCGGCACCAAGGCCUUCAAGACUCCAAGUCAAUGCAAGAACAAGAUUGAGUCCAUGAAGAAGAGGUAUCGAGCGGAAUCAGCGCUUGCGCAACAACCUAAUUGUUGCUCUUUGUGGAAGUUUUAUCCGCAAAUGGAGAGUUUACUGAAAGGAGUCGCUAAAUCCCCUGCUCAAGAGAUUCAAACUGUGAAGAAGGUCGAGGCCGAUGUGGACAUAGAGGGACAGGUUCAGAAUUGCAACCAAAAUGAUGACCAUGAGGAUGAUGAUGGAUCACAAACUUUGCCGGUGAAUGUGAAUGUAAGUAAUGGCGAUGGCAAUGGCAAUGAGAAGAAAGUAAGUAAAGGUGUUGAAAGUGAUGUGAGUGCGAUGAUGGGUAGGGAUUAUGAUGUUAAUGGUAAACGGAGGAAGAGGCGAAGGAGUGAAGUGGCCAAGAGCAUUGUUUUGUUGGCUCAAUCUAUUCUAGAGAUUGAGCAAGCAAGGUUGGAAGUUUAUAAGGAUUCAGAGAGGAUGAGGAUUGAGGCGGAAAUAAAACGUGGGGAAAUGGAGCUCAAGAGGACGGAGAUCAUCACAAAGACUCAAUUGCAGAUUGCGAGGCUUUUCUCAAAGAGAUUGAGGAGGAAGAACAAGAAGAGUUUUAAUUCAUCAUCAAGGACUGAAUUCAAUGAUCAACUACCAGAGGAUAGAAUGGAUGAUCAAUUGCUUCAAGCUGAUUAUGUCGAAAGCCAAGGUUUAUAAUUACUUUACCGCAUUGUCAAUGUAUUGAUGAUCCCUGUAUACUACUAGUUAAUUACUUCAGAGACCGAUAAACCGCAGACAAGAUAACCAAUUCCUCUAUACAAUGUAAUAAGCUUUCAAGAAUUGGAUUAUCUCCAACUUCUGAAUCAAUUGUUCUUCACUCAUGGCUUUCAGCAGUUUGUUCUUCAAAUCAAAUGCACUGAAAUGGUAAGCAAGCUCUUAUCUUAUUGUUA